AUGAACGCCGAGACCUGCGUUUCAUACAGCGACAUGACAUCCAUGGAUUCAUAUUAUAGCCCCUCUGCGGAUCACCAGACGGACCACUUUAGGACAUUUCCAACCGCUGACACCAAAUACAGCCCCACUGCCUUCCUGCCCAACAAAGGUCAGGCUUACGGAGAGAAGUCCCGGAGCCCCUUCCAGCAGGAGUGCCAGUCAUUGGAUGCCGCCACAGCUGGGCAAGGCACUUUCAGCAAAUACCACCUCUUCAUGCAAAGGUCUUCUUGCAAAACACCCCCCGAGGAGAGCAAACUGCACCAGGACAGCGGGCACACCGGAGCGCUCAUCUCCUGCUAUGGUGUGGUUUCAGAACCGAAGGGCAAAUGGAGGAAAAGGGAGCGUUUUGGUCAGAUGCAGCAGGUCCGAACUCAUUUCUCAACAGCUUACGAGCUGCCUCUUCUGACGCGUCCUGAGAACUACGCACAGAUUCAGAACCCCUCUUGGAUCGGUGGCAGCAGCGCAGCAUCUCCUGUGCCGGGCUGCGUUGUGCCCUGCGACACUGUGACCCCCUGUAUGACACCUCACCCCCACUCUGCCAGCGGGAUGUCUGAUUUUCUGGGCAUGCAGAGCCCUGGAGGUCAUAUGGGACAGUCUCACAUGGGCAGCCUGUUUGGAGGGCCUCCAGGCAUGGCUACAGGCAUGAACACGUACGAUCUGAACAUGGACCCCGACCGCAAGUCCUCCAGUAUCGCCGCUUUGCGCAUGAAGGCCAAGGAGCACAGUGCCGCCAUAUCCUGGGCCACAUGA